AUGACAUUAAACACUGCCCCUUGCGGCCACGACUUCCUCUUCUUCGAACCUCGUCAAGCAGAGUUUUAUCAAUUAGCAAUUGAAAUGGCUGAGCUGGACAUCGGUGCAGCAGAGGAUGCUAUGUUUCAUGCAGAUCUGCUUCUAGCUCAAAUGAAAGAAAAGCAAGAUGAGAAAAAAACAUCCUCUAACCGCAAGAGUAAAUUUCGGUGGAUUGAGAGAGACUGUGAAGGGCGUCCACUGCUGAAAAGAAAGAGCAGAAGCGGAGAAACGCGUAUGCGUUCUUCAGCUACAGACAGUGAGAUGCAGAAACUGAAGGAGAUUCUGGCGACAACUGUUGAAGCUUCAGAAGGUCCUUCAACAUCAUCAUCAUGGAGCUUGCGCCAGUCUGCAGCCCAAGAUGAGUGGCAGAAAGCAAGGCCCUACCACCUGGACUGCUUGUUGUUCUCCAGAGUGGUCAAGGAAAAUAAAUGCAGUCAGUGCUCUUCUCCUGCCAUUAUUCGUUGCAGAGACUGCAUGCCGGAAGAGUGGCUGUGUAUGGAGUUUGAUGUGUUCAGCACAUUUGAGGAGAUGAAAACCGUUGCCCCGGGUUUGUCAAGACAGGGCUUUUUGCGGCUGUUAGAGCAGAGGACUCAGCAGUUUGGAAGGAAGGGUAAAAUACAUGGAGAUGUAUUUCAGAGAAGUUUCAUGGAAUACACUUUCUGCCAGUUUCUGUGUGAGAAAAUGGCAAAUGUGGAGCACUUUACCUGCCCAGCAUGUACACCCAACAUGCUUGCGGUUUCUGCAGAUGGCAACAGAAAACUGUCAGAGGAACCAUACUUUGAUGGAAUCUUCAUUGCCAAAGAUGCGGACGUAUCCUCUUUUGUUGAAGAGAUCAGGAGUAAAGUGAAGAGUACUGCAGGAAAAGGCACCUGUGGAGCUAGUCAGUGGUCUGCUGCCAGGGAGACAGCCAGAAGAGCAAGCAAACUUGACGAAGAGGGUCUUGAGAAGGAGCUUCAGGCAGCCACAAACAUCCAUUUCUACUGCACUGACAUCUCAUGCAAGUACUGGCCCUAUCUUCAGAAGACUUCAGUUUCUAUGCCUGAACUGAGCCCUCUUCUUCAAAUGAGGCCGUUCCUGUCAGUCAUGCAUGCCAAGGCCCAUUCAACUAAGUGUGAGAUUGCCUGGAGUGGUAGGAAUCAGGAGGGUGCCGGCACAACUGCAGGGGAAGAGGUGGAAAUGGUGAACAGUUUCCUUUCUCGUUGUGCCCUCACAACAAAGUACAUGACCAAAUCUGCUCGCAAUGACAUGCUGACUGUACAUGCAAUUGGGUGGAAUAGACGCAAACAUGAUGGCCUUCAUCUUGCAUUGUCCAACAGAUAUGUCAAGGCAGUCCGUAAGGCUGAGGUUGAAUCUCAGAGGCUGGAGAACUUGAGCCGUGAACUUCGGUGUCCUGAGAACAUGGUGCAGCAGUGGGUACAUGACGUCAGACAGUGGGCCACUGAUGAUUCUGUGGAUGCCAGACAGGGUGACCAACAUACCCUUCAGCGGUCAAUAGAGCACAUGUGUCUGGGUGUCUAUCAAAAAAAAGCAAGCCUCUAUAAUCAGACAGACAGCAACAAGAUUCGACAAUUGCGGCGACGGAAAUUGGGGGAUGAGAAAAGAAAACUCUUUGAAGCGAUCAAACAAUACAAUGAGCAAGUGCCAGAGGAGGAGGGUAUAAAUGAGGAGAUGGUGGAGAGCCGACUCUCUGUGGUGGGCCAUGCCAGUGGGGAGGAAAUUCUAAUAUGGCCAUGGGAGGUUCACAGCACUGAAUCCACAAACAUCCUCACUAAGAAGAAGAUCUUCGAUGCAUACAUGUCAAAGAUGCGGCUACAAGAAGAGAAGAUUCUAAUUCUUAGGGAGAUGAGACAGCACUGCACCUACCUCAGAGGGCUGGCUGACAGCAUUAGGAAGUUGAUUGCAGAAAUGUCUGGAGGAAACCGUGGCAGUUUAACUGAAGAGGGGCAUUGUGGGCUAUGCUGUCUUCUUCAGGAAAAGCUUGCUGAUGUGGAGGAGAAGUUUCAAGUCGUUUCCUCAAGAUAUAGCUUGGCUUUAGGACCUCUUUACCCUGAAGACUGGUCCAAGGAGAUACCGGAUGAGAGUAAAAGACUUGAAUACGAGAGCUCAGAGGACAGUGAUUCUGAAGAUGACUAAUUUGUGAAUUGACAUGUGUUUUUGCAUUUGCUUGCCUGAUGUAUUUUUUUUGGGUGGUUUUGGACAAUACCCAUUUCAAUAGAUAGCCUCCCUCAUUUCUUGUAAAAUACCAUUGCCUGAAUAGUCAACUUGCAAAUUUAUUUCAGUGUCAGAUGAAGAGUGAAGAGUGUCCUCACCCACCCCCUGUAACUGGUCAAACUGAUGUAAUUGGCACUGACUGUAUAAAUAAAAGUUUUCUAUAGUGUUCUUUCUGCUGUUAUGCUUUGUCUGCUCUGUAUGCUAGGCCUAAUUGUUCCUGCUGUAACACAUUCAAACAUUCAUAGUCUGACAAUGAGUAGUUGAAUGACUAACACCAAGACUACUUUAUGGAUA